AGCCCUCGUAUUCCUUUUCCCUCUUCUUCUUCAUCAUUCUUUUCUCACAACAUAGGGAUUCUAAGAUCUGUUGGAUCGAUGAUUAAUUUCAGGUCACCGGAGUCUAAGAGAUACUCAUUUGCAGGGUUGGUUCUUUGUUCAAAGACUAAAACUUUGGUGAAGAUGAAUCAUGUAGAAUGUUGACAGGUGAGCAUACUCAUUUAUUUGAUUUGUAAGAUUGUCGCGAAAACAUGAAGGCUCGUUUUUUCUGCCUUUUAUAUUGAAACCUAUGUUCUAUGUGAAGCUUUAUGUGUAGUCGGGCUAGAGAUAUUGCUUGCACUUCUUAAGACUAAACUUUUGACUUAAAAUAGAUAGGUGUUUUCUUGAGGUCUUGAGAGAAAUGCAACGGUUGGAUUGGAUAUUUGUGGGGAACCGAGUAUCAAUUUCGGGCUUGAAAAGAAGCUCAUUUGACCUGAAAAGUCGAUCGAAAUAGCUUUGUGAUACAGCAUAACUUUUGAGGUGAAAACCCAAAAAAAUAACGUAGACGUUUAUAGCAAAAGCUGUAUCGAUUUUGAACUUGAAAAGGUGUAUAGAUUAAUUUCAGGUCACCGGAACUAAGAGAUACUCGUUUCCUGAUUACUUAUUUGUAAGAUUGUUGCUGAAGGUGUAUAAAUUUUGUCUAAAUACAUGUUUUAUUUGCACAUAUAUGAAUCUAAGAUGGUGAAUUUCAAGUCAGAUUUGAUUAAAAUCAGCGAACUUAAGGAUCUAAAAGCAAUAAGUUUAAUGGAUGGUGAUUUGGCUGAAAGAUGAGAGACAACGUUUUGAUAAUGUAAUUAGGAACAGGCUGAAGUUGUUGAGGGUUAUAAAUGGGGAAAUAGAAAGGGUAGAGAGGGAAAAAGACCAUUGUACCCUCAUGUGCGAUGCACAUGACAAAAAUUAACUGAGACUUCUAACCAGGUUUGGCCUAAAGGACAAAACGUGCAAGAUUUUGGAAGGUUAAGGACACCGCCUGUAAACUUUUGGCCAAAAGGACAUCGCCUGCAAUUUGAUGUAAACAUAAAGGACAAAACUUGUAAUUUACUCAACAAAUAAUUUGUAUUUGAGUGAAUUUAUGUUAUUGUAAUUUGUUUUUAAUCACUUUUACAAAUUACAAACCAAAUUUAAUUUCUAAAUGCAUUUAUUUUUAUGUAAAAUAAAAAAAAACAUAGUUUUUAAAAUCGGGUAUUAAUGCCCGGUUAUACCCGAACCCGAUUAUACCCUACCCGGGUACAUAGGGUAUGAAUUUUCUCUUCAAUACUCGUACCCGAACCCUACCUGAUUUCUUUUAAUACCCGAUUUCCAUACCCGAAACCGGGUAUUAACGAAAACCCAAUUUGUGCACCUCUACCUAAAACUGUUGUUUGCGUUUUUCCUCUUAAUUUUUCAGCGGGCUUUUUCUCUCUUCUGGGCCCACACCACUUCAACUCAUAGCCUAACACAUAUAAAUUUUAAUUGUAGCCCAGUCACUUAGGCCCAUGCCCAUGCCUCAAGUAUAGCAAGUUAGCAACCCAUUUACGUAGCCGAGCCCACGGACUAAUUAAUUAAUAAGCCCACUCCCAAAUUAUUAGCAUGCGUCCAUGCUAAUUUUACCACUUGAUAUUUUAACAGAAACCCAGAAACCAAAACUAAAAGAUUCUCUGCUUGACUGCCUUUUUAUUCUGAUUUAAAGCAUUAGUCUGAGAAUUAUUUGAAGCUCGAAAUGUUGAUCUUUAGCACAUAUUCUCAUGUUUAACUUAAUUGCAUCAUUUCAUUUUAGCUAUUAUGUAAGCAUAUUAAUACAUUGUAUUGUAUACUAAUAAAACAUAAAGUGAAUGAACAGUAAAACAUAAAUUGCUUUUAAGCUUUCUUUAUAUGUGGAUACUAGUGGUUUUUUACAUGUGUUAUGGUUUUUUACAUGUAUUAUCUAGUUCUUUUAUAUAUCUUAGACCGUGGCGUACGGUGGGGCGUGGGUUGGGGGCAUGGUGCGACACGUGGAGUAUGUGGCACCCAAGACCGAAAGCCAAUUUCAAAGGGGUAUGGUGGGGCGUGGCUGGGGUGGCGUGGAAAAAAAACCAAUUUCAAAGGGCUAGUGCUCUUGGCCAACGAGGUUCCGCCAUGUCAUGUCCGUAGCCCCGCCCAACGCUCGGGCUGAAACCCCCGCCUAAGGGGCCACGCCGAAACCCAAGCUCACCCGGGGUGGUGACGUGGGCGUUUGUACCCAACCCCCGCCCCAUACCCCAUACCCCGGAGUUUUAUGUAACUUGCGUUUGUUUUUUUCUCGAUGUAAUUCACGUGUCAGUAUUUUUUGAUCAUAUCAAGAUUUUUUUUCUCUAUGGGUUGCUGUAAUUAGUGUAGGUGACGUAACAAAAUAAACCGAUACCGAUCAAAUUCCCACUGUGUUGGUAUAUUUUUAGUCAUAUCAUGAUUUUUUUUCUCUAUUGGUUGCUAUAACGAAUGUGAGUACUGUAAUUAAACGAACUGAUACCCACCCACCGCGCAACGCGCGGAUUUAAUAACACUAGUUCUUUGAAAAAAUUAUUAUAGUUUAUAUAACAUAUUAAGCCUUUGGCAUUAUAGCCUAGUGGCAUCUUAGGGUGGGAUAAGGCUUAAGGAUCAUUAGGUCCUGAAUUCGAUUCCCACAAGGGGGGUUUUCCCAGAUUUAUUGAGUUUCCCGCUGAAUUGGUUUAUAGGCAUUAUUGCCUAGUGGAGAUGAAUAUGAUCAGAUGGUUCCGUUAGUGACACAAUCAGUGGCGGAACUGGCCCAAAAAGUUAGAGGUAUCCUAAUUUUUUUUUUUAGGAUUAGGGGUAUCAUUUGUAUAACAGAAACGGAGUUGAAAGGUAUUUUUACACUACGAAAAUGGAGUUAAGGGGUAUUUUUACACUACGGAGACGGGGUUGAGGGGUAGCCCGUGCUACCCCUAUUUGUACUAUAAGUCCGCCACUAGACACAAUGAUGUUCUAUUGGUCCGUCAGUGAUUUAAAUUUAUCAUUCGAAAAAAAAAUAUAUAAGGUAAUAACAUAAAUAAAGUGUAUUAAGAAUCUAAAAAACUAUUAAGUAGAUAGAUAUUCGAUCCCUAGUGUAUACUACAACAUAUAAGGGUGUACGGGGUGUAAGCGGGGAAGGGUAUCGGUGAAGGGUUUCCCCGAUCGGGAACACCGCCGCCAUCACUGCGGGGUCCCGAAUCGGGGUGUGGUUUGGGUGUGGACUCACCGCGUGAAAAGGCACGAGAUUUGAGGAACGGUCUGAUUUUCAACGGUCGGAUUUUAUUAAAAAAAAAUUCACUUUUUUUAAACUAAUAUAAAUAACCAUCUCAUUCUCACCAUUUUUUUAUACUCAAACCAUCUCAUUCUCACACAUUUUUAAACUCUCCAACCACACCCACUUCACUUUUUAUUUUUUUAUACUCUCAAACCACACCCCCUUUACACCGAGCAAUGGAGAACCAACCCCGCGAGGCCAAGAAAAAAACUAAGGGACGGGUCUCGAAACCGUCUCGAGAUGGUUCGAGCGGUGCAAAUGCUCAACCACAACCCCCUUUCGGAUACACUUCACAACCCCCGUUUUUUUUUCCAACAACCUACACACCCCUCGUUCUACAACACCCAACAACCCAAUUUCGGCUAUUUUCAAAAUUUGUUAUCAAUGGACGCUCCUCCUCAAUCCCCCGCCUUCGACCCAUAUGCUUAUCGUUCUCCACAAGUUCCUUCUACACGAGGAAAUGUCGAACGUCCACUACCUAUUCACGACGACGAGGACGAUGAGGUAGUGCCCGAAACUCAAAAUUUGGGCGACGACGACGAGGAAGAUGAAUAUAAUGUGGAUGAAGACGCGGGCAACGAAGAAGAUGACGCUCGGGAAAAAAAAGGGAAAACGGUGAGCGAAAAAUGGACAAAGGACCAAGAAGAGGCGUUGGCGAAGGCGUGGGUACAUUGUUCUACCAACAAAAAAAAGGGCAAUCAACAAAAUCGCGAAAGUUUUUGGCGUAAAAUUUUAGAGCAUUUUAACAAAACUAUCGGUGGAAGUAACCGGACCGUUCAUCAAGUGCGGUCUAAAUGGAACCCGAUGAUGGCGAAAAUAAACUUUUUCAACGGCCUAUACCAACAAGCGGAUCGCACACGAGGAAGCGGAUGUAAGGAUCUCGACGUGAUGAAAGUCGCGUUAAAAGAAUUUAAAGAAAGAUUUCCAAGCGGUUUUCAACACAUCGAGGCGUGGGAGGUCGUUCGAAGACACGAGAAAUGGGCCCAAGUCCCAUUGAUGGGUGAGGAAGGUGAAGGUUCGGCACAUAAAAGAAAGCCCGUUGACGUGGACCUUUCGAUACCGGAUAUGAACGAAGAUCCCUCGCCACAAAGAGCACAACGGCGAGACAAGCGUCAAGCUACAUCGUCCGAGGGAAGCUCGGCCGAGUUGGCGGCACAAUUCAAAGUGUACACCGCCAUGAAAGAAGCGAAGCAAGCGGUAGAAUUGGAGGCGAUCGAAUUGAGGAAAAAAAGAGAGUCGGAGGCUCGCGAGCUCAUAUCGGCACAACUCGAGACGAUGAAAAACUACAAUUACGAUCGAGAUAUGAAAACAUUCCUUAAGCCGCACGACGAUGUUCCGCCAAGUAUGUUGCCGUUCAUCCUCGCCCGAAAGCGAGAAAUCGCUAACAAGUACGGGUGGCCAUGCGAUUUCUAAAAUUUUAAUUUUCUAGUUUUAAUGUAAUUUUUAUUUUCUACUUUGAAUGUGUUUUUUAUUUUCUACUUUGAAUGUGUUUUUUAUUUUCUAUUUGAAUGUAUUUUUUUUAAAUUUAA